AUGGAGCACAAGUGGAUCAAGCUCAACAAGGCUCCUCAGACUGAGACGCCUGCUGAGCCUACUCCUCUUGUCGCUGUCAUUGGUGUUGGCUUCGUUGGCACUGGCCUUGUUGAUUCUUUCUCUGCCAAGUACGACAUUCUUGGCUACGACGUCAGCGAAGAGAGAGUCAAGGACUUGAGGGUUGAGUUUGAGGCCAGACCCAACGUCAGCUUCACCUCCAACGAGUCUGAUCUCAAGCUGGCAACUCACUUUCUCAUCUCUGUCCCCACUCUUCUUCUUUCCGACAAGUCUAUCAACCUCUCUUAUCUGAAGAGUGCACUCGACAAGGUCAACAGAUUGGCUCAACCCGGCUCGACCAUUGUCAUUGAGAGCUCAGUCGCCAUUGGCAUGACUCGUGAGCUUCUUGGACCUAUUGCCAAGUCUCGCCGCCUUUUUGCCGGCAUGUCUCCAGAGCGCAUUGACCCAGGCCGCAUUGAGCCUCCCAUGAGUACAAUUCCCAAAGUUGUCUCUGGUCUUGACGAUGUUGUUCCCGGAUCUCUCGAUGCUAUUGUCAGACUUUACGGAAAGGUCUUUGACACUAUUGUCCCCGUUUCCAAGCCAGAGGUUGCCGAGAUGACCAAGCUCUACGAGAACUGUCAACGAAUGAUGUGCAUCGCCUAUGUCAACGAGAUGGCUGAUGCUUGUAUCGGUCUUGGCAUUGACCCAUACGAGGUCUGCGACGCAGCUGCCAGCAAGCCUUUUGGCUAUCUCCCCUUCCAGCCCAGCCUGGGUGUUGGUGGACACUGCAUCCCCGUCAACCCUUAUUACCUUCUUUCCAACGCCGACUAUCCUCUCCUCAAAGCUUGCGCGGAGACCAUGAACGAGCGCCCCGCCGCGAUUGCUCAACGAAUCGUUGAUGAAUUCUUCGGAACCGCCAAGGAUGGCCGCCGAGACUCUGGUUUCGAGAUCAGAAAGCGAGUCCUCGUGGUUGGCAUGGGCUUCAAGGCAGGACAAAGUCAUCUUGUCAACUCUCCCGGACUUGCGUUUGCUCGGGAACUCAACAAGUUCGAGCUCGAUGUGUCUUUUGCCGACUCUCUUGUCAGCCAAUCAGCCGUGCCUGAAAUCGCCAAGCUGGCCGACGAGGACUGGACCAAGGAGAAGUUGAACGAGUUCGACCUGAUCGUGGUGAGCUUCAAGCAAACGGGUAUGGACUUUGAUAUCUUGGAGGAGCUGUCGGAUGAUGUCUCAGUACAGAUGUUCUGCCAGUAA